GCAUGCGGGGACCCCAAAGCAAAGCCGUCAUACCUGGUAGACAAAAACUUGGAGUCGGCGGUUAAGUUUAUCGUACGGAAAUUCCCAGCAAUAGAGACACGAAACAAUAAUGUAAGUUCUGUUUUAAGUUUAUUCAAAUGACCUUCCUUAUUUAUGUAGUAGGCCUAGUUGGUGUAACAAAAUAUUGUAUUAAUGUUAUAAAUGUUAUUGAUUUUGUCUGUGAGUGUUCAGAGGCAGUAACUGCCAUGUAGUCAGUUGGUAGAGCAAUGGCGCUUGCAACGCCAGGGUUGUGGGUUCGAUUCCCACGGGUGAACAGUAUGAAAAUGUAUGCACUCACUACUGUAAGUCGCUCUGGAUAAGAGCAUCUGCUAAAUUUAAAUACACUGAAUGUACAGAACAUUAAGAAUACCUUCUUGAUGCAUACAGGAAACUGUUGAGCAUGAAAAACCCAGCAGCGUUGCAGUUCUUGACACAAACCGGUGUGUGUGGCACCUACUACCAUACUCCGUUCAAAGGCACUUAAAUCUUUUGUCUUACCCAUUCAUCCUCUGAAUGGCACACAUUACACUAUCCAUGUCUCAAGGCUUAAAAAUCCUUCUUUAACCUGUCUCCUCACCUUCAUCUACACUGAUUGAAGUGGAUUUAACAAUUUACAUCAAUAAGGGAUAAUAUCUUUCACCUGGAUUCACCUGGUCAGUCUGUCAUGGAAAGAGCAGGUGUUCAUAAUGUUUUGUGCACUCAUGAAAAUGAUUCUAGCCAUGGUGUCCCAGGAAAUUGUCUGUCAUCAUUUAAAAAGUGUAACUUUUAAAUUUAUGAUCACAUAGUCAUACCGUAUGUACGUUAUGUAUACUGUACAUUUGUGUUGUCAUAUAUAUGCUACUUUUUACUAUUUGCCUUUGUUGUGUUUGUGUGAAAUGUGUAGCUAACUGUCUAUUGGAAUGAUGGAGCUUAACUGUGUCAAUAUGUCCCUUAUGUUUCUUUCUUUGUUUUUGUUCAAUGUUUUGCAUGCUUAACUUGGCAUUUUUCUGGAUUGUUCUUAUUGGUAAGUUUGUACUAUUUGGAAUCCCAUUUUGCUUUGCUUAGCUUUGCUUAGUCUGCCUUUUUGUAGUGGAACAGUUUUAGUUCUCAUCUAGCCUAUUGCUUCUUAUUCUGAUAGACUAUGCAAAGCAAUCUAAGUUGUUUCAUUUGAUCUGAUUGGUCAAAAGACCAAUUAGUGGCAAAAAUAUCAGAAUUGAGCUGCCUGUGUAACACUAACCCUAAGGCUGCGUUUACACAGGCAGCUCAAUUCUGAUAUGUUUGCCACUAAUUGAUCUUUUGACCAAUCAGAUCAGCUCUGAAAAAGAGCUGAUGUAGGAGAUCUAAUGUGAUUGGUCAAAAGAGCAAUUAGUGGGAAAAAAGUAUUAGAAUUGAGCUUGCUGUGUAAACACAGUUUAUCAGUGGGGAAAGUAGCACAUGCAAAUACAAAAAAACUUGUUCUUGCUAAUUUGUCUUGAAAAGAUGUAAAAGCUAAACCCCUUUACCCUCAUGCUAUUAAACUCUGAGGCAAUAUUAUGUCAGAACUAUUUGGCCGAGCUAAAAAAUCUAAUAUUGAAUUGUAUGGUUAAGAUUUUGAUUGGAGCAUUGUUCACGUGAAAAUGUAACAACUAAGAAUGUAUUUUGAUUUUUGCAGAAGAGAAAAGUUUAGAAUUAAUAAUGAAAAAUGUUUUUAUUGUAUUGGUCUUCCAUGAAAUCUAAUAUGGGGCAUGGGUAUUCUGGUUAACCUAACCGCCUCAAAUGACUUACUAACUUCAGAGCAAACGUACUUAUCGGUGCAUUAACAUUAUAACAUUUUACUGACAUACAAGACAGUCCUAUAAUAUAUUUAAGAGAAUACAAUGAAUACUUGUAUAUAGCUAAUGCUAGAGCUGAUUUAGAUAAACAUAGACCAAUGUUUAGUCUCGAUUUGGCAAUAAAGCAUAGCUCAUGGUAAUAUUGGAGUCAUACAUACCACAACUAUAAACCAUCCUUUAGAAAAUACUGGAUAGUCACUCAGUACCUACGGGUUCACUACAGUGCAUUCUUGUCACAAAAUCAUUAGCUAAUAAGAUCUGGGAGAUGGUACCAAAGGCUUACUGGUGUAGUAAAACUAAAACUGUCUAAACUUAAUGCAAGGUUCAUGUACAAUUUGACAAAUGGUUUACUCAACUCAAGAGGUCAUUGGCAAAAUUCAAAAGUUAGAUAUGCAAUGAAACAGAAAUCAGUGAACCUUUUGUCAAAAUAAUAGUGCCGUAAAAUGUCAACCAUCAAACCAGUAGAAUGACAUGGUGUUUUACUGCUGGUGAAAGAAGUGAACCUUUCAGAUAAGUUUGACUUGACUACCUUGACAUGCUCCUUGAGAGACCUAACAAGUUGUUUCUUCUACAUUUACAGCAACAGCUUACACAGCUUCAAAAAGAAAAGUCUGAAAUACUAAAGAAUCUAGCUCUAUAUUACUUCACAUUUGUGGAUGUCAUGGAAUUCAAGGUAAGGAAAUUCAUUUUUUAAACUAAACAUUUUUUUAAACUACUUGAUAGGUAUAUUAAUGUAAUAAUAAGCAUAAUGUAAUAUGCUUUAUAGAUGUGCUAAUUAGGCUAGAUCAAUGUCUGAGUAGACAUUUCUUCAUUAUUCUGAAUAGUGGUAGAAAAUGCUGCACCUGUACAACCCUAUACAAUGUAGCUAUGUUGCACCUGUACAAUCCAGACAUGAGUGUUACAGUAUGAAUUUUAUAUUUCUUCUAGGACCAUGUUUCUGAAUUGCUGAACACUAUUGACGCUUGCCAGGUUUUCUUUGAUGUUGUAAGUAUUCAUCUUUCCACAAUUCCCUUUAUUUGGUAUAACACUUUUUUUUCUUCUUCAAAUCUCCUCAAGAGAUUAUACCUUUUUCUAUAAUCCUAAUCAAAGCUAACUAAAGUUUUUCAUUCUGUCUUUAUAGACGGUUAACUUUGACCUCACCAAGAAUUACCUUGACUUAGUUGUCACCUACACUACACUAAUGAUGUUACUGUCCCGUAUUGAAGAGCGGAAAAGCAAUCAUUGGACUCUACAACUACGCCCAUGA